CAGAAACUGAAUUGUCAAUAUUGACAACAUUGGACGAUAAUAUAUUACAAAAAAUAAUCUAAAUAUUAAUUGAAAUAAACAUAAAACUUUUCUAUUUGAUAAAAGUUUCAAUAGUAGAUUCAUUAGUGCUUUGUUAAAGAUCAAAAUAUUUUUUUACUUAAAGUUAAUUUUGCUGAGUUGGCUUGUGCGUCGCGCCGUCAGUCUGCCGUAACGUGGCGGCGCUGCGCUCGUGUGUGUGCUGCAGGAGUGGCUCAGUGGCUUGAACUGUCAUUGUUCAUGUAGUUUUCUGUGAUAAGAAUUACUGUGAAAUUAUAGUUUAGCGAACUAAUUUACACAAUCACGAUGUCCGCCUCGGGUGAAUUCGGUAAUCCUUUACGCAAGUUUAAGCUGGUUUUCCUGGGGGAACAGAGCGUGGGGAAGACGUCGCUCAUCACUAGGUUCAUGUAUGAUAGCUUUGACAACACUUAUCAGGCAACUAUUGGAAUUGACUUCCUCUCGAAGACUAUGUACUUGGAGGACCGUACGGUCCGGCUUCAGCUCUGGGACACCGCUGGACAGGAGCGGUUCCGAUCUCUCAUACCUUCCUACAUCAGGGACUCCACUGUCGCCGUUGUCGUUUACGAUAUUACCAAUGCAAACUCAUUCCACCAGACGUCUAAAUGGAUCGACGACGUUCGCACGGAGCGUGGGUCUGAUGUGAUCAUCAUGCUGGUUGGCAACAAGACUGACUUGUCGGACAAGCGGCAGGUGUCCACCGAGGACGGGGACAGGAAGGCCAAGGAGCUCAACGUUAUGUUCAUAGAGACCAGCGCUAAAGCAGGAUACAAUGUUAAACAGUUGUUCCGGCGGGUGGCGGCCGCGCUGCCUGGCAUGGACUCUGCGGAGAACAAGCCUCCGGAAGACAUGCACGAGGUGAUUCUGAGGCAAGCGCCCGGAGACAACAAGGAGCCAGACAGCGGGUGCGCGUGCUAGUGCCUCGCGCCGCCACGCUCGCGCCCCACCGACACGCAUGCGCCCUAUAUACGCACUUGAACAUAACUUCUACUCAUACCGAAAUACUUGCAAUCAAUUCAAGAAUCAAAACGGCCUGAUUCUGUACCACUAAAAGUUAAAUCAAUUUCUAUAUUUCUAUUUGGGUGCAUUAGGGCGUAGUGUAGAGGUCGCAAGGGCUAGCGACGGAGCGUUUGUACCGAUCUGAUACGUGCUAGCGUGCUUUUGUGUGUUUGUCUACAGUGAUAUUAGAUGUUAAUGUACAUUCAACUAGUUUUCAAAUUAUAAACGAUUAAGGCAUAAUAUUACAUGUGACUGCAAACUGUUUUGUAUAGGCCUUCGUUCAUAGAGUGUCCUAAAUCUUGCAAGGCCAUAUUGUGUGAGGGUCGGGUUGCGUCGACCCCGACAGUUUAUUAAUUAUUUAGCAAUUGCAGCAAAGCUUCUUGUGCAUUGACGCUCGUUAGUGCCAUAUUUGACGUGUACGUUCCUGUAAAAGUUGGGGGUGCAACCCGCUCUGUGUAAGAAUUGCUACUAUUUAAUUGAACGCUGCCCCACAAGUGAAGCUAAGGUCUCGUCACCUCGGCACAAUGUGGGUCAGCGUUGCUUUAUGAAUCAAAGGUCUAUGUAAAACAGCGACGUGCUACUUUGACAACGCAUUUACACAAAAGCACUAUGUAUUAGCCGCACUAGGAACAUGAGUACUUAUGUGGGAAUUUAUUUAAUCACGCUCUGCGAUCCGAGAAGUAGCGAGGCGUUGACAUCAACCUGCGACCGUCAUUGGAUUGCAAUGUUGGUGCGAUAAGAAACUUUCGUUAUCAUUGCCUUACUCAAGCAAUAACAAUGAUUAUUAUAAAGUAUACGUAGGCACAGAAUGAAAUUCCCAUAUUAUUUUAUCCCCUUGAUAACAUGAUUAUAUAAAUAUAUUCUAAGCAAGUUUUAUAUUUAAGUUCGUAUGAGACUGAGACUGCAUGCACGCCUUUACGUCACUAUAACGCUUAUGAUAGUUUGGGUAGCAAGCAGGACUUCUUAUGCGAUACUGAACUGACAAGAAUAUUGUUACUAAGAGAGAAUUAAAGUGUUUAUUGCGAUAUAUCGGGCGGUUGUUGUCGUAGCGCUAAUAGAACAAAUGUCACAUUAAGUUAAUAAAUCUGAUAAUAUUAAUUCAAAUUGUCUUAUCUCCAAGAUGUUCAAUUUAAUAAAUAUCGGUAAUAAAAUGAAAUCUAUAGUUGUAUCCAUUAAUUUAAAAUUGGCUAGCUAUUUGAGAAGGUCAACCAUGACCAAGACAACCCACUUAUGGUCAUGUAUUUUACCACCCGGUAAAUAUAUUUGCAAUUUAACAUCUUAGCAGCAAACUUUGAAUGAGGAUUAGCAUUGAUAAAUUUUCGUAACGUAUAUCUAGGGCGUUAGCCUACCAGGAAUCAUCAUCAAACCUAACCUGGUCCAAAAAUCCUCUUUUCUGAAAUUUUGGAACAUUACAUUCUGUUUACUGUCAACUGUCGGAACGCAAAUCUACGCGAGAAACAUUUUUUUUCUAUUGCGUCACAUUCAUCGGACAGAGAAAAGGUUAAACAAUAAUAAACUGUACCAAUUAGAAAAUAAGUUACAAGUUAUAUUGCUCUUGGUGACACGACUAUUAGUGUUACGAUAGCGCUUCUAUUUAAUUUAUUAAUGUAGGAGCUACUCUAUAUUUUGUACAUAGCAUGGGACUGCGAGACUCUCCUUUCUUUCCUCUUACAAAUAUCACGGUUCGAAAAUCUCUAUACAUUUAACAUUAAAGACUAAAGAUAAAUAGAAUAAAAACUAAAGUGUUUUGUGUCACGUAACCCAUUUAUUCCAUAAAGAUUCUGGCCGCCAUACUACUAAGACCUCAUUGGCCGAGUGGUCGCAAGUGCUGCCAGGCAAGGGUUCUCAGGUUCGAUUCCCGGGUCGGGCAAAGUAUUACUGGGUUUUUAAAAGAAAACUCAGUAGUAGCACGAAGUCUGGAAUCAUGCCCAGUAUAUGGCAAUAGGCUCACCUUCUAUUACAUAGGACUCGUAACAUAAAGAGUGAAAAGUGGGUGUUACAUUGUACAGUGGCAUUGAGUGCCGUAAUGUGCACCUCUGCCUACCCCUUCGGGGAUAAAAAGCGUGAUGUCUGGAAACUUCUUAAUAUGUAUCAAAUAUUAAAAUAAUUAUAAUGAUGUAUAAGUGGCUCAAUAUAAUCGCCAGUCAAAGGCAGCUGUGUGUAAAGACAGGGAGUCCCGCGGUCCCAGUACAUUAGUAUUAUUUAUUUACCUAGUGCUUUAAGUGCAUAAAUUUUUAAUUCUUAUAUAUAAAACGAUUUUAGUGAGAUUUUUCACAGAUAGCUUUCAUUAUUUCAAUAUUAUACAUAACAAUGUUUUGUAAAUUAAAUAUAAUUUAUCAUUCCAAUGCUUUGUUAGUGUCUUAAUCAAUACAUAUACAAUAAAUAUUAUAACGUUUGGCCUCAUAAAGGAUAUUUUUUAAAUUAAUUAAUGCUUAUUUGUAAUUAUAAAUUAUUUUUAUAAUUUAAGUGCAAUAUUUUUUGUACUGAUUUUUGAUGGAAAAUUAGAUGAUUGGACUGGGUACAACAUACAAUGAAGUUCUCAAACUAAAAAUGACUCAAUUGCAAAGCUCAUAAGGUGUAUAGUAAUUCACCUAGUUAGUUUAUACUGGUGAUUAUUUUUUACUAGCUUUUACCCGCGGCUUCGCUCGCGUCACAAAAGGAUAAAAAGCUAAUGUGACAUAUAUCAAUACACAUAGCGCCAUCUAUACCAAUACUUUUGUUUUUCCUCGGGAAUAUCAAAUUUUUCGGGAUAAAAAGUACCCUAUUAUUUAAUCCGGACUUCUAACUUUACGUCUGCAAAAUUUCAAAGCAAUUGGCUUAGUAGUUACGGCGUUAAAGUGGAACAAACAAACAAACAAACAAACUCACUUUGCGAUUUAUAAUAUAAGUAAGGAUGGUAUUUGUGUACCCAGUCAAACCAUUCUAGUUUUAUUUAGACCAUAUCCAUUUAUCCAAUUCUUAUGAACGAUAGCAAUAAUGUCGCUGCCUCGACGUCGCAUGUACGCACUCAUUUAAAAUAUGUACUUAUACUGUAGUACUGACCUAUUUUUUUAAUGGCGUAUUCGUUUUGCGGGGUCCGUAGUAAAAUUAUAAAAGUUACUCUUUAAAAUUUACUCCUAGUUGGAUGAUGAUUUAGUUGUGCGAACCAUCUUUUAACCUUAAAGACCUUUGCCAAACCCUUAAAUAAAAUGAUGGCUUCAGGUUCGAUUCCUGGGUCGGAAAGAUCUCCCUGUAUGUUUUUAAAGAUGGCACGGACUUUGUAUUUGCACGUAAUAAUGUAAGAAAAUAAGGCCACCUUGUAUAGUGAUUAAACAUGGACUUUCUAAGUUACUGCAAGGUUGGUGCGUGUAGCGGUUUCGAUUCCCGCACGGAGCAACUCUGUGAAAUCCAAGAAUUGUUAUUUCAGGUCUGGGUGUCAUGUGUAUGUCAAAUUGUAUGUUUGUAAAUGCGCCCAUGACACAGGAGAAAAUCCUAGAGUGGGGUAACUUAAAAAAAAAUACAAACUGGUGAACAUUUUGGUGAUACGUAUGUUCCUUGGAGAAUAAAAAGUUUCAUUUUAUCCUGCACGACAAAAGUCAAUCUGACCUAUAAAUCUUUAACAAAUAAUAAUAAUUAAGAUUCCUCUUUUCCUAAGUGAGUGCGUUCGUCGGCUGUCAUUAAUUUAUUUUGAAAUUGUAAAUACCCAUAUCACGCUGGUUUAUUUUGAAUAAAAUAUUUAAAACACUAUCCUUUGUAUUUUAUUUUUUUUACCAUAAUAGGAUUCUUCAUUAACUGAGGGGUUUGUGCCCGUAGCCCUUCCCAUUUUGGCCGGUUUUUAUUCUUUCAGAAAGGGUCUAACGCGAGGUCCAGUAAGGUGGUGUCCUCUACACAUGAGUACACCAUUAUCAGGCAAAUAAAAGAACCGAGAAUUUUUUUAAUUUUAACCAAGGAGAUUGGGAAAAUUGUGGUUGCACACGACUGCACGGUUGCCGCAGUGGCUGACAAAUGACUGCCGCGCAACGUGGAGCGGUUUCGAUUCCCGCGAAACAGCUUUUUGUGUAUUCCUAGUUUCGGUGUCAUGUGUAUAUGUUUGUACACGCAUCUACGACCACGACACAAGAGAAAUCCUUGUGUGGGGUAACGUUUAUUUAAUAUGAAAAGAUUGUCGAAUUGUGAGAUUCGGGUUCGACUCCUGGGUUUCAUCAAAGUGUUACCCCAUAAGUGAUUUUCGGUUUUGAAAAUUCUCAGUACGUAAACUGUGCACGAUGUAUGACAAUAGGGUCGCCUACUGGCGUUAAGUAAAGUGAGCGUUACAUUUCUUAUGAGCCUGCGUUUUACUUCUUUUGCCUACAUACUUUUUAGGACC